UCAUUAUGAGUUGUGUCCACUUGUCUAGCAGAUUAUUGCCACCAGAAAACAGAGAUGGAUGAGAGGCAGAGGAAGAUACCCAAGGCAAUAAUUGUAGGAGGUAGCAUAGCAGGGCUAUCCUGCGCCCACGCCCUCACUUCAGCAGGAUGGCAAGUUGUGGUGCUCGAGAAAACAACAGCACCUCCCACGGGGAGCCCCACCGGUGCCGGCCUUGGCCUCGACCCUCUUACUCAGAACAUCAUUGGGUCCUGGCUUGGCCAGCCCCAGCUUCUCCACCAUGCCACCCUGCCCCUCACUAUCGAUCAGAACCAGGCGACGGACAGUAAUCGGAAAGUGGGUUGGACAUUGACGACAGACGAGAGCUUCAAUUUCAGAGCAGCGCAUUGGGCUGAACUCCAUGGCCUUCUCUACCAUUCAUUACCGCCUGAGAUUUUCUUCUGGGGUCACCUUUUCCUUUCCUUCACCGUUUCUGAAGACAAAUCUUGGGUCAGUGUUAAGGCUAAAGUACUUCAAACUGGCCAAACCAUCGAGUUGGAUGGAAAUUUGCUUGUUGCAGCUGAUGGCUCACUCUCUUCAAUCCGCCAUAUUUUUCUUCCUCACCUUAAAUUGAGGUAUUCGGGUUACUGUGCGUGGAGAGGGGUUCUCGAUUUUUCAGGAAGAGAGGAAUCCGAGACCAUUGUUGGCAUUAGGAGAGCAUACCCUUACCUGGGAAAAUGCUUGUACUUCGACCUUGCUUCCCAAACUCACAGCGUGCUUUAUCAACUUCCCAGGAACAAACUCAAUUGGAUUUGGUAUGUCAAUCAACCCGAGCCUCAGCUCAAGACAAAUUCAGUUACCAUAAGAGUAAGUAAUGAAGUGAUAAGGAAGAUGAUCCAAGAAGCGGAGGACGUUUGGUUACCAGAGCUUGUGAGAGUGAUGAAGGAGACCAAGGAUCCUUUCAUAAAUGCCAUAUAUGACUGUGACCCUCUCAAACAGAUCUUUUGGGACAAUGUAGUUUUGAUCGGAGAUGCUGCUCAUCCUACAACGCCUCAUGGUUUGAGAAGCACCAACAUGUCAGUGUUAGAUGCAGCUGUUCUAGGAAACUGCCUUGAGAAAUGGGGAGUGGAAAACUUACACUCAGCUCUGGAAGAGUAUCAGUCCAUUAGGUUGCCUGUCACUUCUAAACAGGUCCUACACUCCCGGAGGCUGGGUCGAAUCAAACAGGGCUUAACUCUUCCGGAUAGGCAUCUAUUUGAUCCGAAGGCAGCAAGUCCUGAGGAGUGCAAAGAUCUUCAACAGAAGAACAUGCCGUUCUUCACAAGUGUCCCUAUCAUUAGUAGAUCCACUCUUUAAUGCCCUGCAUGAUCUCUGAAGAGAUGGCAGAUGUUUGCUUGUUCUGGGUAAAUAGCAAUGCUCAAGGGUAAUUUGCUUAUAAAUCAUGUAGUUUCAGUACAUACAAAAUAAUGUCUUCAACCAUGUAUCUAAUUCUGA